GAAAAAGCGUCUCCUGCGGCGGAGCAAAGUGAACUGAUGACUGCAGUGUAACAACGGAAUAAAACCUGAUACCUCUGACACCUGCUGCUCUCUUUCCGGCAGCAUCUGACAUGUUGCACCAAAGUCCCCAGUGACCAGAGCUCGCUGUCCCCAGACCAGCAGCCGUGACCGGACAGCAAGACACAGAUCAGGUUUGUCAUGGCUGCUCGACAGCAGAGACCUGCAGCCGCUGCAGACGGCUCAGCUGAGGUCAGAAGGACGGACAUGAGGGCCACUGAAAAGAAGUGCUCUUGGGCCUCCUACAUGACAAACUCCCCCACUGUGAUAGUGAUGAUUGGGUUGCCCGCUAGGGGAAAAACCUACAUGUCCAAGAAGCUGACACGCUACCUCAACUGGAUAGGAGUGCCAACAAAGGUGUUUAAUCUUGGAGUUUAUAGGAGAGAAGCAGUAAAGUCAUACAAGUCCUAUGACUUCUUCAGACAUGACAAUAAAGAAGCAAUGCAAAUUAGAAAACAAUGUGCCCUGGUGGCACUGCAGGAUGUCAAGGCCUACCUGAAUGAGGAGGGAGGUCAGAUCGCUGUUUUUGAUGCCACCAACACCACCAGAGAGAGGAGGGAACUCAUCCUUAAUUUUGCAAAGGAUAAUGCAUAUAAGGUGUUUUUUGUUGAAUCGAUAUGUGACGAUCCAGACGUCAUCGCUGAAAAUAUUCUGGAUGUGAAGGUCUCCAGCCCAGAUUAUCCUGAGAGGGACAGAGAAAGCGUCAUGGAGGACUUUCUGAAGAGAAUAGAAUGUUACAAAGUGACCUACCAGCCUUUAGAUCCAGACGAACACGACAAGAACCUGUCCUUCAUUCAAGUCAUCAAUGUUGGCCGUCGUUUCUUGGUCAACAGGGUGCAGGAUUACAUCCAAAGUAAGAUAGUGUACUACCUCAUGAACAUCCACGUCCACUCCCACUCCAUCUACCUCUGUCGCCAUGGAGAGAGCCAUCACAAUCAGGAAGGACGCAUCGGGGGUGACUCAGAACUGUCAGAGAGAGGGAAACAGUUUGCAGCAGAACUGAAGGGUUUUGUGGAAGAGCACCGACUGACGGACCUGAAGGUUUGGACCAGCCAGCUGAGACGCACCAUUCAGACAGCAGAGGAGCUGGGCGUCCCUUACGAGCAGUGGAAGAUCCUUAACGAAAUAGAUGCUGGAGUGUGUGAAGAGAUGACCUAUGAGAUGAUCGAGGACAAAUACCCAGAGGAGUUUGCCAUGAGAGACCAGGACAAGUAUCAUUACCGCUACCCUGGAGGAGAGUCCUACCAAGACCUGGUCCAGCGGCUGGAGCCAGUCAUCAUGGAGCUGGAGCGGCAGGGCAACGUUCUGGUCAUCUGCCAUCAGGCCGUCAUGCGCUGCUUACUGGCAUAUUUCCUGGACAAGGGCGCAGAUGAUCUACCAUACUUGAAGUGUCCCCUGCACACUGUCCUGAAACUCACCCCUGUGGCAUAUGGUUGUAAAGUGGACAUGUUUGACCUGAAGGUGGAGGCUGUCAACACUCACAGGGACAGACCAUUUAAUAAAUUCCAAGUGGAUGCUGUGCCACCAGCUUUCCUCCGAAGGAACAGUUUCACUCCUCUGUCCAGCCAAGACCAGAUUAAACGGCCUCGUCUGUACAGCGUGGGCAACCCUCCGAAUGCUCGCAUGUUGCAGGCCCCAACUUUACCCAGCAUGCAAUUCUCUGAGGCGUCUGAGGGGGCUGAAUUGCUACAAGGCGAGGACGCUCUGAACGGUUUCAGCGCUGCAGACACAGAUGACUGUGUGCAGAGUGUCAAAGAAAGCACAUGAAGAGGUAUUUUCGGUACCUUCUUAUCUAUUACAUGGAACAUCUACGCUCUUCACUCACUCCUUCAUUUUGCCAUUUAACUCAGGCUUUUCCCCACAUGGGUGUAUCACCAGCUGUGACAGCCAGCAAUAAAAUCUUAACUUGCUUCAGCCAUUAAAUUCUUAAACACUGUAUUACACAUUGUAUCUGUGUAGCCUUGCAGAUUUUGUCUCUUUAGUUUUAGUGUGUGUGUGUGCACACAGUAGUCUGGACUGUGAUCCAAAUCAAUGAUUUGUAGUAACGAGAGACUGAAAAGCUUUCCAUUAGUUGCCAGGACAUUCCAUAUACUGUAGAUCACAGUCUUUUGAAGCUGUAUUAGAUGUAGAAUGUGAUUAAGAAUCAUAUACCUCGGUGGAAGGUGUUGCCUUCUGUUUCAGUAGAAGAGAGCGCCUCUCUUAAAGGAAGCCUUAAUUUGUUUUCAGAUUGUUUCUUCAUCUUUCCUAUUUAACAUUCCCACGUAAUGUGCAUCCUUCCUGUGGUAAUCUGACAAGAUGUUGUAAUUAUUUUAUUCUGAAGUUUAAUUUAAGCAUACAAAAUUGUAAUUUAGCUUGGGCAGGCACAAGCUGUAAAAGUCAAUUAAAUGUUUCGUCUCGCCCUAUAAAAAGUGCAUUAGCUACUGUGUCUGUGUUUUUGUCUGUGACGGUAGUGUCACACGUCUCUUCUAAGAAGCCUCCUCGUGUGUUUUGUUUUCUCCUCAAACAACAGCUCUUAUAUAUUCUGCCUUAGACUGUAAUAAUGUAAAGCUGAUCUCAUUUGAACCCCACAAAUAUGAUGCAAAUAUAUAAAGUGCUAAAAUGUUCAACAGUAUUGGAUGUUUUGUUGAGGUUUUAUGCUUGAUUUAUUUGAUUUUAUUUUAUUAAGGAAAAGAAAAUCAGAGAAUCUGUAGUGCUAAAUUUAUAGAAUCCAUGUGGGAAACAUGUAAUCACAUUACUUUCAUUUUAAUGUUGCAAAUCAGUAAUUUUGCAGAAGUGCCUUAAUUUAAAUGAAUACAAGGCUGUGACACCAUUGAUCAAAGGACUUCAUGUAUUUAGCAAAAGUAUGUAACCUUUGAACUGAAGGAUUGACCUAAAAAAACCUCUUAAUGUUACUGUACACUUAUCUACUGAAUAAACUUCAUGUCACACUG